UCACUUCCCAAAGCUAGCAGAAUCUCAUCCGCUCUAAACAACCUCAUCAAUUCUACUUUCUGGUCAGUAGCGAGACUAUAAUAAUUAUUUUAUCAAUAAUUAAUAAUCCUGACCGAGGAGAUGGCAAGCACCAUCAAGGAAGCAUUGUCAGUGGUCAGUGAAGAUCAAUCCUUGUUUGAGUGCGCUUACGGAACACCACACCUUGCGAAGACGGAGAUGACUGCAUCUUCCUCCAGUGAAUAUGGGCAAACUUCGAAAAUGAGUCCGCGUGUACCCCAGCAAGACUGGUUAUCGCAGCCUCCCUCCCGAGUUACCAUCAAGAUGGAAUGUAACCCAAAUCAAGUGAACGGAUCCAGGAGUUCUCCGGAUGACUGUAGCCUAGCAAAAGCAGGGAAGAUGGGUGGUGUGUCAGAUAAUGUUGGAAUGAAUUAUGGCAGCUAUAUAGAAGAGAAGCAUAUCCCCCCACCUAAUAUGACGACCAAUGAACGAAGAGUAAUAGUCCCUGCUGAUCCUACCUUGUGGAGCACAGAACAUGUACGACAGUGGUUAGAAUGGGCAAUUAAAGAAUAUGGACUUCCAGAUGUUGAUGUUCUGCUGUUUCAAAACAUUGAUGGCAAAGAACUAUGCAAAAUGACCAAAGAAGACUUUCAGAGACUUACCCCAAGCUACAAUGCUGAUAUCCUAAUCUCACAUCUUCACUACCUCAGAGAAACUCCUCUUCCACAUUUGACUUCAGAUGAUGUUGAUAAAGCCUUACAAAACUCUCCACGGUUAAUGCAUGCUAGAAACACAGGAGGAGCCACAUUUAUAUUUCCAAACGCAUCUGUUUAUCCAGAAGCAACUCAAAGAAUUACAAACAGGCCAGAUUUAUCUUAUGAGCCAUCAAGAAGAUCUACUUGGACGAACCACCCAGCUCCACAAACUAAAGUUUCUCAGCCUCCAAAUACUGUGCCUAAAACGGAGGAUCCCCGACCUCAGCUAGAUCCAUAUCAGAUUCUUGGUCCAACCAGCAGCCGUCUUGCAAAUCCAGGCAGCGGCCAAAUUCAGCUCUGGCAGUUUCUUCUGGAGCUUCUGUCAGACAGCUCAAAUUCCAACUGUAUCACUUGGGAAGGAACCAAUGGGGAGUUUAAGAUGACAGAUCCUGAUGAAGUUGCCAGACGUUGGGGAGAAAGGAAAAGCAAACCCAACAUGAACUAUGACAAGCUCAGCCGUGCACUCCGUUACUAUUAUGACAAAAAUAUUAUGACUAAAGUCCAUGGCAAGCGCUAUGCUUACAAAUUUGACUUUCACGGCAUUGCUCAAGCUCUUCAACCUCAUCCUCCAGAGUCAACAAUGUAUAAGUACCCAUCAGAAAUUCCAUAUAUGAGCUCAUACCAUGCACAUCCUCAAAAGAUGAAUUUUGUUACUCCUCAUACUCCUACUUUACCUGUGACAUCACCCAGCUUCUUUGCAGCCCCAAAUCCCUACUGGAAUUCGCCAACUGGAAGUAUUUAUCCAAAUACUCGGCUCCCAGCGAGCCAUAUGUCUUCUCAUCUUGGAAGCUACUACUAAAUCUUAUAAGAAAUUACUUUACUGUGGAAUUGCAGUCCCCGAUCAAAUACAAUCGACUCUAUUAAGUGACUCUGUUAUGAGAUCACAGUGAGUUCUAAGUGCCUUUUAUGGAAGAGGCAUGACUAAGGGGAAAGUAUGCAAAAUAGACUCUUUUUUAGGGAAGGUUUGAAAAUAAAUUUAUAUUAACGAAGUUCAGAUGCUAAAGAUGUAAUAUAAGAUGGCAUCAAAGCUUUGGACCAAUACAUUUAGGAUGUUUAUUAUAGAAGUUGGAAAGAAUUAUCUGAUAAUGGCGUAAAAAGUGUUACAGGCUGUAGACAUUUUUUACAAUUAUGGCAAGAAUUUUGAAAUAAUGUAAAAUACAUUUUUAUGGGAACAACCAACAAAAAUACUACCUGUAUUUCAAAAGAAAAAAAAAAUAUUUCACUCAUACGCUUAUAUGUAUUACAGAUUAUUAUAGCAACAUUUCUGUAAAAUUUAUUACAUCGGAAAAAAAAUCAGAUAAUUUCAAGCUGUGAAGACAAUCAACAUUUAAAAACAAACAAACAUAAAAAUGUAUGAGCCAUAUCUGUAAAUUAGAAUGUGCUUGGAAGGAAUUAUGUUCAGACAUGAAUUCUGAAGGAAUAUAGAAAAAAGUGAACAUUUUGGAAAAGACUUGUGGAUUUUUUAUUUUAUUUUUUAAACUAAAAACAUUUACUAAGAUAGAUGAUAUGGCAAAAUGAGAAUAUGAAGAAUAAUUUUUUAGACUUUGUUGAAAAAUAUUGUAACAAUAUUAAGUUGAACCACAAUCAGUAUUAUUGAAGGAAAUCCUUUAUUUGGAAAAUAUGGUGAAGCGAGGAAAAUAGUAUAGAAUAUAAUACAAAUCAUUAGUGAUAUUAUGAAACUGGAAUUGUCUGAUAUUUAAAAGGAAUAUUUGGGAACUCACCUGUAAAAAAAAUGCUGUGUCCGGCAUUUUCUUUGAGAAACAUUGUUUAUAUGAGAGGAGAAAAAAAAAAGGAAUAUGAUUUUUUAUACAUUUGAUGUAAUGUUUGGGACAAUGUACUUUUAUACUUUUUUAGCAUUUCCAUUUUCUUAACAAAAAACAAAAUAAUUCUUUAAUGCAAUCUAAUUGAGAAAUGUUUUAUAAUAUACAUAAGCAUUGCUUAUGUAGCCUAUGUUGAGCACGUUAUAAGCAACAGAUAAAAUUAAUUUAGCACUGAUCACAUUAAUUACAUCAAUAUAAAAAUAUUUAUUGGUAAUAUCUAAUUUAAAGCAUUCUCCUGUUUAACUUCCAGUGCUCUCAGGGUGGAAUUUGUAUGUGUUUUUUUUCUAUUUCUAGAAGAGGGAGAUUUAGAUUGAACCUAAAAAAGAUUUUUUUCUGAAUUAUUGUCAUAUUUUUAACUAAGCAGUCGCCAGUUUUAUGAGUCGCGAACGCUGUGCGUUCGUCAGAUUGAACUAUACAAGUCAAUGGUAUUUUCUUUUUUAUAUAAUUAUAUAAGUUAUGCAUUUAUACACUACGAGUUGAGCUCGGCCAGCCAAAGAAACAAAGAAGGGAACUUUGAAACCAUUGUGGCCUUGAAUUUAAACUCUGUAUGCUUAAUGUUUACAAUAAGAAAUAUUAGUUCUUAGAAUGCAGUUUGUAUGUACUACAAUAAGCUUGGCCUAGCAUGGCAAUCAGAUUUAGUACUUAGUCGCAUUAUGCAUUUACCAGUGACCAAAAUACCCACCUCAAUUCCUUUAUACCAGAUAAACUCAAACUUGGCCCUCCAGAGGUUUUGGAACUACAUUUCCUACAAUGCUCAGCCAGCUGAUAUGCUGGCUGAGCAUCAUGGGAAAUGUAGUUCCAAAACCUCUGGAGGGCUACGUUUGAGGAUAUCUGCUUUAAACAAAUAUCUGUGGCAUUUGGGUAUUUUUGAACACAUUGUUUUGUUCUCCAAGCUUUUAUUUUUAGCUCUGAUUUCUUUAUUUAAUUUUAUAUCUUCUGAAUUAUGUUUUUUUAACAAAGACAAUUUUACCACACCAAGGUAUUGCAGUUGACACCAGAUUUUCAAAUAGGUAUUUUUAAACAUGAAUUUCUGUUGCAAUUUAAUGUGGUUUUUUUUGCUGUUGUUUUUUUAAAAUUGCUGAAGUCUUUAAAAAUUAACAUUUUAAAAUAUGCAAAUAAUGAAUCAAACAUUUUACAAAAGUAAAAACUUUUGCAUAUUUGUGUACAAUAUGUUUUCCUACUUUGCAUAUUCAAAUGCAUUUGUUACAAACAAUACAACACAAUAGACUUUAGAUCUAAUAUUGUGUUAUUUGUUCCUGAAUCUGUAGGAAAUUAGUCUAAUGUCCAUAUGUGAUAACAUUUUUAUUGACAAUCUCACAAAACAAAACAAAUAGACGUUUUCAACUUCUUCAGCAGUUUUUUUUAAAUAAAAGAAACAAAACAUAAUAAAAGUAAAGUACAAGAAAAAGAGUUAACAAAUGUAUUUGAUGAUGACCUUGUAGGCAAGAAUACUUCAUUAUAAAAUGGGUGUCUUGGAUGUAAUGGCAAAUUCAAUAGAGGAAUAUUGGUGGUUUUCAAAACAAUAAAACAGUGAUAAUAUGUUGUAGACUGUUAUACUAAAACAUACAAAUUGUCUAAUAUUCCGUUAUUAAAUAAAAAAAUCAUCAUUAGUGGCUUUUUUAUUUUUAUGUUUUUUUAAAGUAAACUAAUAUGUCUCUGUACAAUAUGCAGACACAUUUAUUGGCUUUAUUAGUCUACCAUAUUUGCAUACCUUGGAUUUUUUAAAUUAUAAAAUAUAAAAAAUGAAACCAAAAAUAUAAUUUUUCAAUUCCAGUAAGCAGCCUUUUUUUCAUACUUGCAGCUUUAUGAUUUUUUUAUUUUUUUUAAAUAUAUACUGGAAUUUAUAACCCUGCAUUUGUAGGGCAUCCUAGUAUUUUGGACUAUCUUUUUCCAAGACAAAAAGUGUACCUUGUGUUUUUUGGACCACUACAUUUGUACUUAGUAUGUAACAAGGUUUAGUUAAUUUUUUUUAACCAAGACCUAACACUAAUCAGAGAUUUGUUUGUUGCAUUUAAGGCAGCUUGUUAGAUUUUUUCAGAACAGAAAAAAAACUUUGUCUAAAGCCGCAGUACUAAUUAUUAUUUAAGUAAUUCAAAUAUCUAAACCAAUAAAAACAUCAACAUAA